UUGUGAUUGAAGCAAUCAAUAAUCCAAAUCCAAAUGUACAAGUUUCCUACAAGUUUUUCAUCAAUGUCCCAUGCCAUGACAUUGCAGCCUGUGAUGAUAAUUCAGGCCUUCAGCUUCAAGAACGAAAAGGACCGAUUGUUUGGUUAUCGUACGAAGGUAGCUCGCAAUGCAAACAUGGAGAAAUUGCGGAAUGGCUACCUGUUUCCUGAGAUUUCAAGGCUGGAGCUUGAACACAUUGAGAAGUACCCGAAUGCAAAGUUGAUAAGCCUCGGAAUCGGCGACACAACAGAACCAGUACCAGAAAUCAUCGCAUCAAGCAUGGCUAAUUAUGCACAUGCCCUUUCGACCGCUGACGGUUAUUCAGGGUACGGACCUGAACAAGGCAAUAAGGCAUUGCGGGAGGCAAUUGUAAAAGCAUUCUAUAAAGAUCUGCAGAUAAAAGACACAGAAGUUUUCGUAUCAGAUGGUGCGCAGUGUGACAUUACUCGGCUUCAGUUGUUGCUGGGCUCCAGAGUGACCAUAGCUGUGCAGGAUCCAUCAUUUCCGGCUUACAUCGACUCAAGUGUGAUUAUCGGUCAAGCUGGAGACGAAGGUGGGAGUGGAAGGUAUGGGAGCAUUGAGUACAUGAAGUGUGGACCAGAAAAUAACUUCUUUCCGGACUUGGCAACCACUUCAAGAACAGAUGUUAUCUUCUUCUGCUCUCCAAACAACCCCACUGGUCAUGCAGCAACUAGGGAGCAAUUAGAGCUUCUUGUCAAGUUUGCCAGGGACAAUGGAUCCAUUAUCAUCUUCGACUCUGCUUAUUCGUCUUAUGUACAAGACGAUAACUGCCCUCGUUCCAUCUUUGAAAUUCCCGGCUCUAGACAGGUUGCGAUCGAAAUAUCAUCAUUCUCCAAGUUUGCUGGCUUCACUGGUGUCCGUCUAGGCUGGACAGUUGUGCCUGACGAGCUCUUAUACUUGAAUGGAUUUCCUGUUAUACAUGACUUCAAUCGCAUUGUCAGCACUUGCUUCAAUGGGGCGUCCAAUGUUGCUCAAGCUGGUGGACUCGCCUGUCUUUCCUCGCAAGGCUUCAAGGUAAACCUUUUAUACAUCAAAUAAAUAACUUCCAAACAAGUUACA